AACAUGGCCGCGCGCCCCGCCGCCACCCUCGCCUGGUGGCUGCUGCUCCUGUCCGCGCUGCUCCGCCGCGGCUGUCCCUCACGCUUCGCCGCCGAGCCAGACUCGGAGGACGACGAAGAGGAGGCGGUGGUUUUCCCCGAGUCGCCCCUGCAGAGACCCACGGUGCUAGUGGCCCUGCUGGCCCGCAACGCCGCGCACACGCUGCCGCACUUCCUCGGCUGCCUGGAGCGGCUGGACUACCCGAAGAGCAGGAUGGCCAUCUGGGCCGCCACAGAUCACAAUGUGGAUAACACGACAGAGAUACUCAGGGAGUGGUUGAAAAACGUACAAAAAGCCUAUCACUACGUGGAGUGGAGACCGAUGGAGGAACCUGAGUCUUAUCCUGAUGAAAUUGGACCAAAGCACUGGCCAAGUUCCCGCUUUGCCCAUGUGAUGAAGCUACGACAGGCAGCCCUUCGAACUGCGAGGGAAAAGUGGUCAGACUACAUUCUGUUCAUAGAUGUUGACAAUUUCCUGACUAAUCCACAGACACUCAGUCUAAUGAUGGCAGAGAACAAGACCAUCGUGGCCCCCAUGCUGGAGUCUCGGGGCCUGUACUCUAACUUCUGGUGCGGAAUCACUCCUCAGGCAAGUGUUCGGCUCAGGAAUUCAGGCUGUGUCCAGAUGUACCUCUGCAACAGGGAGCACUAUGGCUACCUGCCCAUCCCCCUCAAGCCCCACCAGACGCUGCAAGAGGAGCUCGAGAACCUCAUCCACGUGCAGAUAGAAGCAAUGAUUGACCGUCCUCCCAUGGAACCCUCCCAGUUUGUCUCAGUGCUCCCCAAGUAUCCAGACAAGAUGGGAUUCGAUGAGAUCUUCAUGAUAAACCUGAAGCGUAGAAAGGACAGACGGGACCGGAUGUUACGUUCACUGUAUGAGCAGGAGAUUGAGGUCAAGAUCGUGGAGGCUGUCGAUGGAAAGGCACUCAACACAAGCCAGCUGAAGGCCCUGAAUAUUGAAAUGCUGCCUGGGUAUCGAGACCCCUACUCCUCCAGGCCUCUAACCAGGGGUGAAAUCGGCUGCUUUCUCAGCCACUACUCUGUUUGGAAAGAGGUGAUUGACAGAGAGCUAGAGAAGACUUUGGUCAUCGAGGACGAUGUGCGUUUUGAGCAUCAGUUUAAGAAGAAACUGAUGAGGCUGAUGGAUGACAUCGACCGAGCUCAACUGGAUUGGGAGCUGAUUUACAUCGGUAGGAAGAGGAUGCAAGUAACAGAACCAGAGAAAGCUGUGCCCGACGUGAUGAAUCUGGUGGAAGCUGACUAUUCCUACUGGACACUGGGCUACGUCAUCUCUCUGGAAGGAGCACAGAAGCUGGUUGGAGCCGAUCCUUUCGGGAAGAUGCUGCCAGUGGAUGAGUUUCUGCCAAUCAUGUACAACAAGCAUCCUGUAGCUGAGUACAAGGAGCACUACGCGUCCAGAGACCUGAAAGCCUUCUCCGCAGAGCCCUUGCUCAUCUACCCCACACACUACACCGGCCAGCCGGGGUACCUGAGCGACACGGAGACCUCCACCAUCUGGGACAAUGAGACAGUGGCCACUGACUGGGACAGGACACACUCGUGGAAGUCCCGGAAACAAAGCCACAUCCAUAGCAACGCCAAGAACACAGAGGCCCUGCCCCCACCCACCUCCCUGGACACGGGGCCAUCACGGGAUGAGCUCUGAGGGCUGCGGGCUUCACAGCCUCCAGCUUCUCUCACGGGCUGUUCAUCUGUGGCCGGUUGCUCUCCGUGGCCACAGCCCUCUCCCCAAGGCUGUCUAAUGGGACUGACCAAGAUUAAUACAUUCUGAUUGGGGAAGAAAGUAGGGAAAAGAAACUCGACAUUCCUAGGAUGGCUAGAAGAAGGGCUUUCUGGCAACAUGAGAUACACUUCAGUCCAGAUACCUAGCUGGGUGACAAAUAGGAUAUGCUGCCCAUGUUAGGGGUCAACAUUAUGGCUCAAACUUGCCGAGGAUGCUGCCACAUCAGUAAAUGGUGGGCCAGGCAACCGGCCAACCGAUCCCCACUGUUGGUCUGUUGGGCCCAUGGUCUGUCUGAGACGUGCCCAUGUUGACCAGCUUUUUUUUGGGGGGUGGGGGGUAAAUCAAACUGUUUAAUAUCCAAUUAGUUGGGCUUUUCAUUUAAAGGAAUUCUAUCUUGAGCCUUAUUGCAAACAAAGGGUUUUUUUCAUCUCGGUCCUCAUUAGCCUACAGGCAUGGGUGUUUGGGUCUGCUGAGGCUUGGCCUUGACUACUACCAUGGCCAUUCCAGCUCUGUAAGGAAAGGUCCAGAUUGCCAUAUGGGUGCAGUUAGUAGAGCCUUUAGGGUUUGUGUAGAUAUAUGAGGACAAAGCUGAAACUCUGGCCAUUUUCACUGUGGCCUCUUGAGUUAGGAUGCUCUAUUUAUAAAAAUAAGUUAAUAUAUUAGGGGAUGAGCUGGUGUGUGAACACUGUCUUGGAUCCCUGUGCUGCCAGCAAGCGUCUGAUCCCCCACCCGACCACCCGACCCUCCACCCCCAUCCCAACCCCAGCUCCAAUUGCAGGUGUGAGUUUUAUGAGUCACAGUUGAGAGGCAGAACACACUUGCAGGCCAGCAACUGUCCUUGCCUGGGCCUUUCAUUCUAUUUUGAUUUAUUUAUUUCAAAUUGUGGGGAAAACGGAGAAGGCAGAAAAACACCAGGCCUUAUGACCUCACCAUGCCUGGAGAAGGGUCAGCAGAGACAUGUUGGUUCAAUAUUCAGGUUCUCUGGAGUUUCCCAGCUUGACACUUGUGGGAGGCCUGUUGAGUGGGAGAUUCUAACCACCUGGAAACAAUGACACUCAUUUCAGAUGCGUGCCCUUGUCAGGAGCAGUGGCCACCAGCUGAUUCUGAUCAACAACCGGAAACGAUCUGGUUUGUGUUCUCACACCUGUGAGUAGUAAAACUGUCUCCAGAAAUGUCCUCCCCGAAUGUCUGACCCAUAUACUCCCUCUGUGUCCUCAGUGUUGGCUCCACAGGCCCAACAACAACCUGAGCUUCAGGCUUUGGAGCUGGACCCAGGGGCAGGUUGCUGUUGGCACCCUGGGCCACUGGCCUUCCCUGUACCUCAGCCUCCCCUUCCUGGACUUAGUGUUGAGGUUCUUCCCCAGCGACUUACAAGCCAUUAGACUGAGAAGAGGGAUCUUUGUAGACCUAGCUGUCAGAGUUUGACUCUUUCUAGAAAAACAGAAUGAAUAUCUGAAUGUGGAGCUAGUAAAAAUCCCUUAGGUGAUUCCUAAGCUUCCCUUGGGAACUUGUAUUUUGUCUGCAUAUUUGAGUGUGUGCAAGUGUGUGUGGCCUUCAUGAUAUUUUUCAGGGGUGGGAGGUGGUGGGAGUUUGGGGUGGAAGAAGACUGAGUUGAUUUCUGUGUGGGUUUGUUUAAUAGAGAACUUUUUUUUUUUCCUUUUCCCCUGUCAGCCGGUCUGAUGGGUUUAUGAAUUCUCAUUCUUAAAAGUUGUUGGUCUUAGAUUCUAGAAUUUUCGACGAGGACUGUUCUACUGUGAAUAGAGUUCUGGCUAUGUCAGCCCGGCCUCGGCUCCUCCCUGCUGGACUGGAAUGCCAAGCCAUGCUCUUGGGUUGUGAACGUUGUGAACUGCAGGCCUGCCUUCCUUUAUAAAAGCCAUCUUUCAGCAAGCCUGGGGUCCUUGACCUCAUUAUUCUUCUGCCUCCUGUGUAGUCUUAUGACAUUUGACCCAUGCAGGAUGCAAGACUUUGCCUCCAGCCUUGGUCUCUGCCUCUGGAAGUUGAACCCCAUCAGGAUUCCCCAUCCAGGUGCUGUCUGGAUCUUGAGGUCACAGGCGGGCUCUCUGGACAGAUGACGCCAACUUCGGUAGUGCCAGUGCGCAUGUGGAGGGAGAACCUACGCUUUGCACAGGCCUCAUUUCAAUGCCUUGGGCCCUGCUGCAGGAACUCUGAAGACUAGAAAGAGCCGGCGCCCUGCACCCUGCUUCCUCUGUCAUGCUGUGUCCUUCAGGGUGGGGAAGUGAUAAACUACUUGCCUUCCACAGCUUUGUGUGAAAAUUAAAACAAACAAAAAAAAAAAAAGAGAGAGAGAGAGACGCUCAACUCUGUGGUUGUUCACUUGUUCUUCCAACACUGCUAUGGUUUCCGGGUCCAUCCAAGACCAGGGUAUCAGUGACCAGAGAUGACCACCAUGGCGUAGGAUCCUGGUUACUUUAGACUACAGGGUGGAGGCCGGGGAGCAGAAGAGGACUCUGAGCUACAGAAAGACAGAAUUCCCCAGUGGGAGGAGGUGGGGAAGGGCCCAUCUUGCAUUUAUAUCAUGUGCGCCAGUCUGUCCAUUCAGCAGAAGAUACUGACAGGCCUGGAAGGGGGUUGGGGGAGGGGGGGAAGAAGAAGGGGGAGAGAGAGAGAGAGAGAGAGAGAGAGAGACUCCACUGGUUUAAUGAACCCUUUGAAUUGUAGCUCAAGUUUUUCCCAAACUUCAAAAGCCACAGUGUCAGCUCUGCCUUGUUUCAGGCCCUGUGUAGGCACUGGAGGCUCUAAGGACCUAAAAGUGCUGCUGUUGUGACUGUGGCCAGAUGGCUUUACCUGAGAUAGGUGAACUAGGCAGCAACCCCCAGAGGACCUAGGUCAGCACAGGUGGCCUGUUGGGGUGGCUUCCUGGGAAGGCGACAUGUUGGUAUUGGAGCCUGGGUGUGAACGCUUUCUGCUCAAGUGUGGGACUGUGAAAGGGCCUGUUGGGGUGACAGUGGUGACCCAGCAGGACUGAGAGUCAGAUCUGUGUUGGAAUGGCUGACCGGAAAAAAACAUCAGGAAUGGUGGCAAGGGUAGGGGCUCUCUCUCCUAGUGGCAGAAGACAUUGUUUCUGGGGGAUUCUAGAGUAGGUUCUUCUCACAAGAUAUGGUACAGAGUUUCCCAAUAAAACAUUGGUGUCUACCUGCACCCCCAUG